AUGGCAGGAUUUAUAAAUUGGGCUAAAUCGCCUGCUGCGAGACAAUACUUCUUCAGUACACACUUUUGGGGACCAGUCGCAAACUGGGGUUUACCAUUAGCUGCUUUAUCGGAUAUCGUCAAUAGGGAUGAAGAGUCUAUUUCAGGUGUGAUGAGUCCUACCCUCGCUGCUUACUCCAUGAUCUUCAUGCGAUUCGCCUGGAGAGUCCAACCUCGAAAUUACCUCCUAUUCGCCUGUCACGCUACCAACGCGACCGCCCAACUGGUUCAGGAAGGUAGAUACUUGAAUUACUGGCAUUUCGGUGGUAGGGAGAAGAAACACCCCAUAGGAGCUGCUGUGAAUGAUGUCAAGGAGACAGCGAAGGAGGUCGUAGAUAAGGUGAAGGCUUAG